AUGGAUUUGGGGAACGGAACAGUCGUAACGGUUACGCAGGCCGUUAUGAUGGUCGCAAUCUUCAAUAACGCAAGCUGGGACUUGCUCAAGACUGUGGAUUGGGCCGCCGUCAGUGCCGAAACUGGGCAUACCUCGAGCAAAAGUGCUCGUGACACUUUUACAAAACGUUGCGGCCGUAAGGGUUGGUUGGAAGGAGGAGUGACUAUUCUUCCUGCUGGUGGUGGUCGUGGUGCCCGUGGUGCUUCUGGCGCUUCUGGCGCCACUGUUGCCCCUGCAGCCACCCCUGCAGCCGCACCUCCCGCUGGCCCUCCCGCUGCUGUGCCGGCUGUGGCGCCCGCUAUCAACGCCGUCCCCGCCACGGGACCCACUACCACUCUGGCCCCCGCACUCCCUGCCGCUGCCGCUCCGGCUCCGGUCCCGGCCCCGGCUUCUCUCCCUGCUCCGGCCCCUGCGCCGCGCCGCCGCCGUGCCAGAGGAAUUCUUCGCAGAGCUCUUUGGGGUCGCAUUUUGAGGAGACGUGCUUCUAGGCGCUAA